AUGUAUAAUAUUCUCCUACUUGUAUGCAUUAUCGCAGUUAUACAAUCCAAGCUCAAGGUUAUUAGGCCAUCAAACCUGAUUAAUGAGAACAUUGAUUAUAGCAUAGCCAAUUUUGGGUAGUCUUUGUUGUUUACGAAAACUAGAAUUAUACCAUUCGGACAUCGUUUGAUGGGAGCAGUGGAUUUGGCUUAUCCACCGAAUGGAUGUGAUGAGCUAACACCUACUUAUGGAGCUCAAUUUAUUUUGAUUGAGAGAGGGGACUGCACUUUUGUAACUAAGGUUAGGAAUGCUGAGAGGGCUGGGUAUCAAUUGGCAAUUAUUGGGAAUUACAAUGACGAUCCCAUUCAAUCUGACUUUGCUAUGGCUGAUGACGGUCAUGGAUAUUAGGUGAACAAUAUGGACUAUUUUAUUUUAGGUAUCAAUCCCUUCCAUAUUCAUUACAAAUAAACACUUUAAUCUAAUAAAGGAGAAGGCUAAGGUAAACAGAGUAUAGGAUUCAAAUGAUGAGAAGAUCAUGUUGCUUUUGAAAUUCGACGUAGUGAAAUCAGACAAAGUAUCAGUGAUAUUUGGGUUGAAUAUUCAAGAUAGAGAAUCCUUUAGAAUUAUCGAUGAGUAUGAACCAUACUACAACUAAUUGAAGGAUCAAAAUAUGAAUUAUACCCUCGUAUAUUCGAUAAUGAGUUUUAAUAAUUCAAUCGAUAGCGUUUAGCAACAAAAUUCUGAUUGCAUUUGUCAGAAUAGAUAUUGUGCAUUAGACCCUGAUGGAACAGCCAUAGGAACUGGCAAAGACGUUGUCUAUGAAGUAUUAAGAUAACUUUGCAUAUUCUAAUUGCACGAAUAGAAAUGGUUUGGCUACAUGGUACAUAUGUUAUUAGACAACUUAGAAUCAAUUCAAUUUUAAAUGUACUAAGCCUUAAGCAUACUCUGUGUGCAGUCAAUAGGUGAUGGACAUGUUGGAGAUCCCUAAAAAUGAGAUUCAAUAAUGCUUCGAUAAAUCAUUUCUUGAUUUCAACACUAACCAAUAGACCAGAAACGAAUCUAAUGCAUACAACACUAUAUUAGACCAUUAAUAUUACAUCUACUAGGCUGCAGGAAUCAAUGGAUUCCCAUCAGUUUUUGUGAAUUCAUUGGUUUACAGAGGGUAGUUCUCUGGAAAUGGAAUUUUCGGAGAGAUCUGCAAUAGUAAAUUACACAGUUCUAAACUAGGUUUUCUAACAACUCCUCCUCAAUGUAGUUCACAGGUUGAAGGAUACACACCUCCAGUUAUAGAUGAUUCGAUUGCUGUCUAUAUCUUAGUAAUAACUGCUUUUGUUGUGUUUUUCCUAUUGAUUGGUUUUUUCAUAUUUAGAAAGGUGAUUGAGAGGGAUAGUAAGGUGGUCACACAACCUCAAGUGAAUGAGAUGGUGAGUCAAUACAUUAAGUUUUACGAGGGCAAAGACAAACAAAAGGAAAGUGGAUCUAUUUGAAAUAUAUAUAUUUGUG